AAAAGGCAAAAGAAACCCAAAACAAAGACACUAUAUGAAAAACUCAAAAGAAAUGAUACAUAAAGAGAAGUUACAUUUAGAUGACAAAUAUUUCACUACUCAGCAAAAGUUAAAUGUACAGAUGAGAAUUCCUAAGGGGGAGAAGCCUUUCUCCUGUCUUACCUGUGGAAAAGGUUUUCCUAAGCAACAUGUCCUGACUGUGCACAUGAGAACUCACACAGGGGAGAAACCCUAUUCUUGUGAGUUGUGUGAGAAAGCAUUUCGAGACCAUAAAAAUUUAAUUUUUCACCUGAGAACUCACACUGGUGAGAAGCCUUUCUCCUGCCUGACCUGUGGAAAAGGUUUCACUCGGAAACUAGCUCUUAAGGCACACAUGAGAACUCAUACAGGAGAGAAGCCUUUCUCUUGUGACACCUGUGGGAAAAAGUUCUCUAAACCACAGCAUUUGACAAUGCACAAAAGAACUCACACAGGUGAGAGGCCUUUCCCCUGUCUGACCUGUGGAAAAGAUUUCUUUCGGAAACCCUCUCUGACUGCACACCUAAGAACUCACACAGGAGAGAAGCCAUUCACUUGUCUGACAUGUGGAAAAAGUUUUACUCGGAAACAUGCUGUGACUGCGCACAUGAGAACUCACACAGAUAACAAACCCUAUUGUUGUGAGUUGUGUGAGAAAUGUUUUCGAGACCAUAGAAAUUUGAUUUGUCACCUGAGAACUCAUACUGGUGAGAAGCCUUUCUCCUGUCAGACCUGUGGAAAAGCUUUCACAAGGAAACCUGAUCUGAGCGCACACAUGAGAACCCACGCUACUAAGAAGCCAUUUCCUUGCGAGUUGUGUGAAAAAUCCUAUCGGGAUCGCAGCAACUUGAUUUACCAUAUGAGAACUCACACAGGGGAAAAGCCUUUCUUAUGUCAUACUUGUGGAAAAGCUUUCUCCACACAACCCACAUUGACUGCACAUAUAAGAACCCACACAGGUGAGAAGCCAUUUGCUUGCAAACUUUGUAAUAAAUCUUUUGUUAACAGUGGUACUUUGGUUUGCCACAUGAGGACUCACACAGGGGAGAAGCCUUUCUCCUGUCAGACCUGUAGAAAAACCUUCUGUAGUAAACCUGCCCUCACUGCACACAUCAGUACUCACACAGGUCAGAAACCCUUUCCCUGUGAGUUGUGUGAAAAAUCUUUUCAGAACCGCAGUAAUUUGGUUUGUCAUGUUAGAACUCACACAGGGGAAAAGCCUUUCUCAUGUCAGAUCUGUAGAAAAGGUUUAUCUAAGCAACCUACCCUGAAUGCACACAUAAGAACCCACACAGGUGAGAGGCCCUCUACUUGUGAUUUGUGUGAGAAAUCUUUUCGAGACCGUAGUAAUUUGAUUUGCCACCUGAGAACUCACACAGGUGAGAAGCCUUUCUCCUGUCUUACCUGUGGAAAAGGUUUCCUGAGGAAACCUGCCCUGACACUACACGAGAACUCACACAGAUAAGAGAUGUGUUUAGAAAAUUUAGAUUUCUCUUAUUUAAUAUAUUGAUUUAUGCUUUUUACUUGCUAUAAAAAGUUUUUCGCUUAGUCUGUUUCACCUGCAAGGCGAGUGAGGGUUGUUUGUAGACAAAACAUACUUAUUUCCAUAACAAGCCAGAUUCUUAAGGUUUAUUCAUAACAUGUUACUGUUUAACCAAAGUGUCUGUAAUUUGUUUUGACUCUGACUACUUUCCUUUAUUGUAAGUAAGGAGGAACAAACGCUGCUCAUGCAGAACAGGACUGAUUACCUUGCAAAAAGGGACGUAUGAUGAACUGUUCUCUCUUUGCAAAGACAAAAUAAAAUGCCAACUGAGUCAAAUCCAUCGAUCUCCAUUUUUUAAACUGGAGUUAAUAGUUGAAUACUUCCAAUAAAAGAGACUAUAUCCUUGUUA